AUGAUCUCGUCUCCUAGCAACGCUUUCGAUUCAUGCAAUGAUUACUUGACUGACACACAUCAACAGCAUCCUCGAUCUCAAGAUUUCCUUCAACCUCCGAAUACUGCAAAGGAUGGGCGCCAAUCAUCUCGUCGUGCAAAUGGCAGCAGGACGUCAAGAGUCGACAACACGUUUGUUCAUAAGCUAUACAGCCUUGUCAACGACCCUCGAUACCAGCACUUGAUAGAAUGGGAUUGUAGUGGGCAAUCAUUUCUUGUUCGCAAUGUCAUGGAGUUCUCAAGGGAGGUGUUACCUAAACACUUUAAGCACAGCAACUUUUCUAGUUUCAUACGUCAACUCAACAUGUAUGGGUUUUGCAAGGUCAACAAAUCUCCACGCGGACAUCGCUCUCUUGUUGAUGAACGCCAAGUAUGGGAGUUUAGUCAUAGCAGCUUUAUUCGUGGUCGACCUGAACUUGUAGAUAGUAUACGAAGAAAGGCAUUGGAUCAUCAUGAAUCAAAGAAUGCCGAUAAUCAAGGUCAUCGCCAUGGCAACAAACGUGGUACAUCAUUAAACAACGGCGGCGGCAACAACAACAAUAAUCCAGCACAAAAUGCAAGGAUGGCUAUGUUACAAGUGAACCAUUCGAAUAUCAGCCAGCAAAUUGUACAGCUUCAAGCCAAUUGCAACCAAGUCAUGCAAGAACUAGCCGAAACACGAAGGAGGCAAGACGUGCAUCAAAGGCUGAUGAAAGACAUGAUGCAUUUUCUCAUGUCACAAGGGGCCAACAACAACAACAGCCCACAACAGCAGCCACAACAAGAAUCGAACAACUACAUGGAUGAUGUACAACAACAGCAAUUACCACCUCCCAUUUAUAUUACUACUCCACCUGAAAGCGUAUACCCACCACCACCUUCGAGCUUGCAAGAGAGUAAUACAGCUAUUUCGACUACGAGCAGCAUGACCAUGUGUAUCGAUUCAUCUCCGCAGCAGCAACACAUGCCAGCUACUCCUCCUUUUUUCGCACAAGAAUCGCAUCACGUGGUGUCAGCUAUGCCGACCUAUCAUGCUCUUAGUACACCAUCAAGUCCAGGACCAGCAACACCUUUUACGGAUGACGAAGCUGCAAGCGUAUGCAGUUUCCAAAGCCCACACACGCCCAACAGUGCUAUUGCAGCAUUCAAUACGCCUGAUACGUUCAUAUGA